GUUCAAGUUUUAGUUAGCAUUUGUAACCAUGGAUACACGGCGAAGCAUGGCCGCUCGAUUAACAGUUUGCGAAUAAACGUUGCGCAGAAAGGUGAUCAAAUACGUGGAAUGCUGUUGAAUCAAGUGAUUUUUCUCCUCGUAUACCACUCAUUACGACCAGCGAAACUUAACUAUCGACGAAAAUCAAUAAUGGACGAGCUUUAGAUCGAGUAUAGGAAAGGUCGUCGUGUAUUUCGUUGACGACACGCGAACAGUCUAAUAUUAUACGGUGAAAACAAUCAAACUCGAAAAUAUAUGGCGUUUCAGUAGAAAUUGUUAUGAUGCGACUGAGGUACUUAACAAAUCAGCUGACAAGCUGAAGGGAAAAGCAUAGAGAAGCCAAAACACUGAUGAAGAUGAAUCGAUACAUCACUUUGAAUCAACUGGGAGAUGGAACUUUCGGUUCCGUCGUUCUUGGAGAACGCAUCGAUACCGGUGAAAAGGUCGCUAUAAAAAGGAUGAAGAGAAAAUACUAUUCCUGGGAGGAAGCAAUGAAUUUGCGUGAAGUUAAAUCCUUGAAGAAACUCAGUCACGCAAACGUGGUGAAACUAAAGGAGGUAAUCCGUGAGAAUGAUGUACUGUACUUUGUCUUUGAGUACAUGAAGGAAAACCUUUAUCAACUGAUGAAGGAUAGGGACAAACUUUUCCCCGAACCGGUGAUUAGAAAUAUAGUGUACCAGGUACUGCAAGGUCUGGCGUUCAUGCAUAAACAUGGUUUCUUUCAUCGCGACAUGAAACCUGAAAAUUUAUUAUGCAUGGGUCCGGAGUUGGUGAAGAUCGCCGAUUUUGGAUUAGCCAGAGAAAUAAGGUCAAGACCUCCAUACACGGAUUACGUGUCCACGAGAUGGUACAGAGCACCGGAAGUACUGCUCCAUUCUACGACCUACAACAGCCCGAUCGACAUUUGGGCAGUGGGCUGCAUCAUGGCCGAAUUGUACACAUUUCGACCAUUGUUCCCUGGGAAAAGCGAGAUCGAUGAAAUCUUUAAAAUAUGCUCUGUAAUCGGUACCCCAGAGAGGGACGAUUGGCCGGAAGGGUAUCAAUUAGCAGCCGCCAUGAAUUUCAAGUUUCCAAAUUUCACUCGCACCUCGUUGAACGUCCUAAUACCAAAUGCCAGUCAAGAGGCAGUGAUACUUAUGGAAGACAUGCUGCAAUGGAAUCCUAUUAAAAGACCCACAGCGCAACAGUCUUUAAGGUAUCCUUAUUUUCAAGUGAACGUUCCGCGUGCGAUUAACAGCAAAAAGAUUGGAGUCACCUCUCAACGAGAUCUUGUUUUAAACAAAGUAAAUCUUCCUCCUCCCAUGCCCAAGCAGUACUACUCCCAACAAGAUAUUCUUAACACGUUAGAAUCCAGUAUAAUAUAUUUCAACAUCUUUAGAGCGCAAGAGAAAAUGGUACAACCGACGCAAGAGCAACCGACGCUGCCCAUACUGAAUCAUAACAAUUACCUUCGCGAUAAUAAUCCCUCAAAAAUGGACGAGGACGAUUUUGCCGAGCUGUUAGGAAGCAAGAUCGUUCCCGAGAACGCAAUCCUUGCCCCAGAACGAGUGUAUAAAGAGAACCGUGCCAAUUGGAACGAGAAUUAUUUGCCAGACAAUCCGAAUCAGAGCAACGGGAACUGGGUGUUACCGCCUUGGAACGAACCGGCUGCGAUCAGUUGGAAUCAGUCGCAGUCGAGCUUGAAAAAUGGUCGAAAAGUAUCGGGGAAACAGCAUUACUUCAGCGUGGCUCGGUACGUCGCAGGGCAGAGCACAAGUUUGUCGUCCAGAAACGGUGAUGCUGAACCAAACCGACCUAGAUUAAUGCGGAAUUUGGUUGGCCAACCAAUGGAGAAGUAUGAAGAAUUCACGGACUCCUUCUGGGUGCCAAGAAACUCGGUAGAAAAUCAAACGAAGCAAUAUUACCUACCCCGAAAUCGUUACAUUACAGAUCAGACGUUGAGGCUGCCCUAUCCUAGCGUUUAUGGUACACAAACGAUCAAAUUAAUUAAUUUGAUAGAAACAACAAAUAAGGGAACCCAUCAACCGAAUGUCUAUGGAAGUGUACUGAACACAAAGGGAAGUGGAGGUCUUCAUGGAAGAACUGAUUGGGCUGCUAAGUAUCUGAAAUAACUACAUCAAAAGCAUUACACAUAUACCCAAGUUAGCGUAUACAAUUUAUUCAACUGUGAUAAAAUGACGUUUGUCGUUUCAUUGCAUUGCGAGGAAGACGUAAGUGAAUGAUACAAUGAUACGAAUAAUACAAAAGAACCAACUUACAAAAAAUUCAUACUUUUAAAAAUGUAAUCACUUCAUUAAUUAUUUUUUUCAAUUGCACGCAAGUGAUCACAUUUUUAAAAUAAUCUCGUUAAGCUCUAGUGGUCAAUGUUCAUGUAAUGAUAAUUAGGAAAAAAACAAUUUAUAUAUUUUAUCUUUCUUAUAGUGUUAUUGAAUUAAUUGUUGAGUAAUGCUGUUUUGAUAAUACUUACAUUAUAAAAUUCAGUAUAUUAAUCUUUUUUUUUUUUAAUAAUUUACUAAACAGAACUGUUGUAAAAGACAGUAAUGACUAAUGAUAAUGGUUAAAAAUGUAAUGUUUGAUUCCUAAAGAGUAUAAUACUUGGAUAAGAUAUAUUAAAGAAUAUAAUAUAUAUAUAUAUACAUAUUUAUUAUUUGUACAUGUUGAUUAAUUGCAAUAUGGAGUAAUUUCUGGCAUACAUAAAAAAUCAAUGUAAAAAUUAAUCACAUACAACUUUCUUUGUAUAAUUAAUAGUAAUCCUUUUUUCUUUUAAAUACAGUUCAAGAUAUGCUCAAAAAAUUACUCCGUGUCGCACUUGACAGAGUGUGUGAGGACAAAAUAUUAUAAUGAAAAACAAUAAUAUAUAAAACGAAAUGACUCUCCAUAUUUUCUACACAUAAUCUUUGAGAAGCAUUCUGAUACUGUACAUUCGUAAUCAUAUACCUCACUCAUUUCGUAAACUAUCGUGAUUUUAACUUUCAUUUAAUACAUUUGCCUUUGCAAUUGGUUGUAUCCUUGGAAAUUUUUUUAACAUAGUAUUAGCAUAUAUAUCUAUAUUUUGGAACUAAUGUGUUUACAAUAUAAGUUAAAAAUAAUAAAAAAUAUAUUACUAUCACGUAAUGAACAAUGACUAAAAUAUGUUUCUCUAUCACACAGUUGUAAAGUUAGAUUUGUUUUGUAAAAAUAUUUCGUAAAGGAACAUUUCAUGAAAAAAGUUCUUUUAUUUUUUUUUUGAAAAUUAUCUUCACGCACAAGAAUUUGUACACACAUAUAUCCCUGUUCCUAAAUAUUUAUCUUCUUAAAUUUGCUCAAAAAUUUAAAAAUCUUUUAACGAUGAUAUGUAAAAAGUAAGAUAUCUAAUAGUUCAUCCACCUUCAUAUCUUAAGGAUCAACCCUAAUCCAUAUGCUGUUUAUUUAAAAGGGUUUCUGAUAUUUGUGCAUCUUAGAAAUAUUGUAUAAAACAAAUCACCGUACAAGAUAAAAGUGUGAUAUUUAAUCAAUGAUCCGAUCGAAGUGUUUAUGAUAUUAAUCUUACGUUAUUUUCCCAACUUAUAAACGCUUGUUUAGUGAAGAAAUCUAUGCAGUUAUCGCGUAUGCAUUUCAUCUAAAUGAUCUCUAAGUAUACUUUAAAUAUACGAAUUACAUCUGUAAGCUGCUUGGAUGGGUGGUACAUUGGUGAAUAUUACACAUAUACAUUUAUCCAUUAAAAUAUAAUUUUAUAUUUGAAGUAAUCCAUCGGAAUAUGUUCGUAAAAAUGCUUCCGAGUAUGUAUUCGCAUACGUGCGAUCCGUCAGUUAAGUCCAUUUAAUUCACGAGCUUGGAUGAGCUUCAUUUAUGUGAUUUAACUUGUUAACAGAAAAAAUUUAAGGAAUCUACCCUUUUUUUAGUUACGUAUAUAACUUCUAUCACAAUACGUGAAUAUGGGUUUCAAGUUUCGCAUUUAUCUAUCGUGUAAAUUUAAUUACUAUAAAGAUUGAAAAUUUGAUUAUAGUUUUCCAUACAAUUGUGCAUAUGUUCUGAGAUAUAACAUAGAUUAAAAUUACGCUCUUGAAAGAAACACAUGCUCCAUUUUUUUAAAAUAUGGAAGUAUACCAUGAGUAUACGUAUUUUAAGUUCAUAAUAUCAACUAUCCACGCAGACUCAUAUAACAAUUUCUUACAGAAUAUAUCUGCGCAAUAACUUUAUCGCAUAAAUUUACUAUGUUUCAACCAUCAAUCUAACAACUGGAAGGACUCUGAUUCCAUAUUCAUUGGAUACAAUCGUUUUUUUUUUAUAUUAGUCAUUCCAGACAGUCCCAAAAAAACUUAACACAAUAGGUUCCUAUUAAAAAAUUAAUCAAGUCCUAACAAAUUAUAGGAGAUCAAAUUCAAUGUCAACAGUCUCUAAUCCCUUUCUCAUAUUAGGCAGAAUUAUUAGAAAACUUUGCCAUACUGAAAUUAUUUAUCGUCACAUUAUUUAAAGAUUACUUUUUUAUCUUCGUGCAACAUAUUGUAUAGUUAUUUGAAAUUUUUUUUCAUAUUUAACAAGGAAGUUUGAUAAGCGUGGAAUAUGAAAUUAUUCACAAUAGCAUGAAAGGCACAAUAUCUUUUAAGAGAAUAAAAUAUAAUGUAGAUUUAAAAACAUAUCUAGAACAAAUUUUGUUGAACUAAAAUUUCAAUUAAAAUCGUAUAAUAGUGCUCUAUUUUUACUUAUUUAUUGACUCCUGUUCAUUUCUGGUCAAAAAUACCUUCUGCGCAUCGAUCACCGUUUUGCUUAAAGUUUAAGUAAAAUCACUAUCAUUUAUGGAAUCAUAUAUUAAUGGAGAAUUUUAGUCUUUGUGUGUGUGCUCAGUCUGGCGAUAUUUUACGAUAAUUUGCAAAAUAAAAAUAAGUAAUGGAUAACUAAUAAACAAAACUGUUGUAUAAUUUUAUUCAAGUAACACCAGAUUCAACACAGCACAUAAACUUGUGUAUCCUAGUGUUGCAAGAUUGCACUAUUAACUGAGGCUGUAACAUUACCAAAAAUUUUCGAGGAUACAGUUGUAGAUGCAUCUGUCAUACUAGUAGUUAAUGUACUGAUAGUACUGUUAGAGAAUAUAGUGGAAUUUAAAAUAGUUGAUAAAACACUGACGGUAGUAUUUAUCUUUGGUGUGACAGUUUCUAACAUGGGUAAGGUGGAAGACACAGUAUUUACUAAAAUACUUGAGGUGGUACCAUUAUCCGGCAUAACAGAUAAUUUUAAUACCUUGUAACAUACAUCUUUUGCAUGAACUGAUGAUAGUCCAAAACAAGUGUCCAUCAUAUAUGCUAAUAAUGAGCCAACUGUUAAACCUGUAGUAUACGACAAAGUCAUAAUAUUACCUGAAAAAGAAACAUCGCAAUGUUAUAUCAAAUAAGGUGUUAAAUUACAGCUAAUAACAAUAUAAAUACCAGCUAAUUCGCGAUGACUCUCUGGAACUUUAGUUGGUGCCUGCAUCAUUGGUACUGAACCAACGAUACCAUUUGUAACGCCAAGUAAACAAGCAAAUAGUAAUGGAUAACCUUCACCAGAGAGAAUUGCAGCACCUCUUGGCAAUGCGCAAAGUAAAAAUAAAGGAAUUAAUAUGGCUCUAGCACUUGCGAAAUAUAAUAACUGUGUACGUUUCCAUUCGUAAGGAAUCAAUGCAAGCAUCUGAAACAUUAAAUAAUGCAAUAUGUGGUUUGAAAACUAAA